GCGAGAUCGAGGAAUUAAAAAAUUAAAAAGCGAAAAGAUCAAAAUAAGGUUAAAGUUAAAGUUGGUGUUCAAAUUAUUCUUACAGCGAUUACAUGCAACCUAAAACAAUUUUAUACGAGAUCUAUUAACAGAAACAGAUCUCGGCUGAAUCACUUGAUUGGCCAAUUUAGUUAGCUUAAAUUAAUUCUGAUCAAUUCACAGUGCAUGUUGCAAAUUGCACUGGUUGAAGACAAGUAAAAGUUUAGGAGGAGAACAUGUUUAGAAACUUUAGUGUAAAUUACUUUUGUGGCAGUUUAGUCUGUCUUUUAAGUGUUGUUAGUAUAGUUCAAUGUGACAUAAUAAAAGUGCAUAAAAACAUUUUGGAGGAUGCCAAUUUAAUAACGCCGGAUCUUAUAAAAAAGUAUGGUUAUCCUGCGGAAACACAUAAAAUUCAGGCGAAGGAUGGCUUUGUCCUCACAGCUCAUCGAAUUCCGAAGCCCGGCGCACAACCAGUUUUAAUGGUACACGGAUUGUUUGACAGUUCAGUGGCUUAUGUGAUCCUGGGUCCCAAGAGGUCCUUGGGCUUUCUCCUCAGCGAUCUGGGAUACGAUAUUUGGCUGCUAAAUACCCGUGGCAAUCGAUAUUCGCGAAAGCACAAAAGAUUCCACCGAUAUCAACCUCAGUUCUGGGACUUCUCCUUCCACGAGCUCGGGAUCUAUGAUCUUCCAGCUGCCAUUGAUUAUGUCCUUGCCAAAAGCAAGGGAUUCGAUCAGGUCCAUUAUGUCGGCCAUUCACAGGGAACCACAUCCUUUUUUGCAAUGGGAAGUGAGCGUCCUGCUUACAUGAAGAAAAUUAAACUUAUGCAGGCUUUGGCUCCAGUGGCAUUUUGGGAUAACAUUGAUUCACCAAUUAUUCUGACAUUUGUAAAAUAUCUGAGACCCCUAACUUCUCUUGCUAGAUUGUUUGGCAUUUACGAACUUUUUCCGGAGAACGAUGUGUGGCGCAGACUCGUUAACAAAAUCUGCAGCUUUGCCUUACAAAACACUUGCGCCUACUUGAUUCAGGAACUGAUGGGCGUGGACUACCAACAGUUUAAUACCAGCCUGGUGCCACUUUUCACAGGACACGCAGGAGCGGGAUCCUCACUCAAAUCCGUGGAACACUACGGACAACAGAUCCACAGUGGAGGAUUUUUCAAGUUCAAUUAUUACAACACUUGGGAGAAUCGAAGAAGACAUGGCGCAGAUACUCCGCCACAGUACAAAUUGACUAACGUUGACUGCAAAGUGGCACUGUACUACAGUAAAAACGAUCGUUUGUCGUCUGAAAAAGAUGUUUUUCGAUUGCGGGACCUUUUGCCAAAUGUGGUUCAUGAUUACCUGAUUCCUGAACCUCUGUUUAACCACGUGAACUUCAUAUGGGGAAAUGACGUUAAAACUGUGCUAUACGAUAGGAUGCUGGAAGUGAUGCGACAAGUUGAUAGUGGGGAAUUGUAGGUUCAUCUAAUAAGAAUAGUGCUGCCAAAAAAUAAACCAAAUUUAUCUUAAAGUAAUAGCCAAGUUUAUAAAACUUCAAAAACAUUAAUAGCAUUUAAGUCUUGGUGUUAAAUAAA